CUCCAAAAAACAUUAACAACAAUAAUAUUAAUAACGAAAAUGAAACUAUGAUAAAAGAAUCAUAUCCUAAGAAAUUAAUGUGAAACUGGGACCUAGCUUAAUACAGAUAGGUCCAAAAUUUCAAUCGAGAAAAUAAAUGAAAACCAUAUUGAUAAUUAAUUAUUCGAAGACUUUUCUAAUAUUAAUGCCAAAAUAUAUUAAAAAUAUCCAAUCCUAAACUAUAUAAAUAAAAGUUCGGUAAUUAGUUAACGUUUUCAAAAUAACCCGACAGUGAAACAGUCUCUCCUUUUCCUUUGGUUCUGUCUUUUUGACUCUUACUUUUGAACACAGAGAGAGAAGAAGAAGAAAAAAAAUGAGAGACUUCACUUCUUGCUCCAGUGAAAAUGGCGUUCAGGUUACUGAUCCUUCCUCCUCCAACGCUGUAAGAGUUUCACAGAAUCUGGUCGUUUGUAUCUACCGUUGCUGCAUCAGAGGUGGGACUUGUUUGAUCACAGUCACAUGGACUAAGACUCUGAUGGGUCUGUGUGUAACCAUAGGAGUUGAUGAUUCUUGCAACCGAAGUCUCUGUAAACUCGAGAUCAAGCCCUGGCUCUUCACCAAACGAAAAGGGUACAAGAAUCUAGAGGCGUGUGAUGUUUAUUGGGAUCUCUCGUCUGCUAAAUUCGGAUCCAGCCCUGAACCUUUAGGUGGGUUCUAUGUAAGUGUUCUUGUGGAUAAAGAAAUGGUUCUGCUUCUUGGUGAUAUGAAGAAAGAAGCUUUAAAAAAGACUAAGGCUGCUUCAUCUCUUGGUGCUGUGUUCAUUGCCAAGAAAGAGCAUGUGUUUGGUAAGAGAACGUUUGCAACAAAGGCUCAGUUCUCAGGUGAUGGUGAAACACAUGAUCUUGUCGUUGAGUGUGACACAAGUGUUAGUGAUCCUUGCCUUGUUGUUUGUGUUGAUGGGAAGACGUUGAUGGAGGUGAAGCGGCUUCGUUGGAAGUUCCGUGGUAAUGAGACGAUAGUUGUGAAUAGGGUCUCUGUGGAAGUUCUUUGGGAUGUUCACAGUUGGUUCUUUGGGGUGCCAUCGUCACCAGGGAAUGGUGUGUUCAUGUUCAGGACUUGUCAAGCUGUUGAAAAGACUUGGUCUUCCACGCAGGUCCCAACGAGCUUGAGACCUCAGAGUUUUGGGUUUACAUUGUUUCUGUACGCUUGGAAGAACGAGUAGAGCAGAAUAAGUUUUGAGAAUAUUUAAAAUGAACUGUUGAUUCCUGUUCACUUAUUUAAUCAUAUGAUCAGUUUCAUAUGUAGUAUUUUGUACAUGAGACUUGUUCAAAGUUGAAUGCUAAGGUGGUCUUGCUGCAUCUGAGAUGUUUUGAUUUAGUGUAUUAAGCAUUUGCAUUCUCCUCAAAGAUAUAUUAUGGUUUGGGGUUUUGUUUGUUGAUACCUUUUUCAGACAUUGUAUACAGAACUUUGUUAAGUCUGUUGUACUUGAAUGCAAUCCUUGACUUUGGAGAGUCUUUGCAUA